AUGAUGAAAGUACAAGCGGCUCUCUUUGAGUCCAACAAAAUGGUCCAGAACAUCGAACGCGUGGAUGAAACAGCCGUUCUCCCCGAUUUCGGCACCCGAAUACGCAAGCUGGAUUCAAAUCUUGUCUCUUUAAUGGGCGAAACAGACCGCCAUCUCUUAACGACUUUCGAUGAAGAGUCAGAAGCAUCCGUCGCACAAACAAUGUGGAUGAUCAGCCGCAUGUUCAUUCAUGCUUCUCGCAUUCGACUACACCGUUUCCGAGCAUUCAUGGACAUUCCCCUCUUUCUUGAUAAAUACUGUGAUCUUGCAGCAAUCAACAGUGCUGAUUUCCCGCACGAAACGUCCACUCCCAAAUGGGUGACAGACUGCGGGACCUCAUUCCCGUUCACUGAGCAAGAAUCCUCGAUUAUCUGUCUCAAGUCUGCGCUGGUCGUAACGACGAUAUAUCGAACCUUGCCGUAUCCGAAUCCACUUGCGUCAGUCCCUUCUUCUAGAUCCAUGACAUAUCCGAAAACCAUUCCGUACUUUGUUUGCUCGGCCAUGCAAAGCUGCUACGCUCUUCUCAUGCUAUUGCAUCGACUGCGUGCCUCUCUAGCAAUGGAUCGGCUUGCAGAUUGUUAUCACCUGCUCAAUCACCCUACUCCUGCGUCGGAGAUUGCAGAUGUCGAGAGGUUGAAGGAGGAAUUGCGACAUGGGGUGGAGAUACUUGGGAGAUCUUUGAAGUCAGAUGUUAUUUUUGAGGGGGGUGGGGGGUAUGGGGCGCGAAAUUGA